GCUGGUUCUCGGUCGCAUCGGUUGUGCGAGCGGUUCGUGCGUUUCUCGUUCGUAACGUGUUCGGUAUUUUUGGCGUUCUUGGAAAAAUUCGCAUGCCACAAGCGAGUUUUUCUUCGGGUCGCGCGAGCGUUCGACUUUCGUGCCGUAAAGCCAACGUCAUUGGCUGCCUUGUCCGGUUCCGGUUUCCGGCUCUAGCGCCAUGGCAUAGAAAGGAUUUAAAAUAAUAACAAAUACGAAUAUAUAUAUACAUAAAUAGUGCCAAUCAAAAUCAAGUGAGUGCUUAGUGAAUCCCCCAACGGAUUAUUUAUUCAGUUUGCCAAAGAAGUGAAACAGAUUUUGACAAAAUGCAUUCAAGUGAAAUGCGUGCCACAACGCAUUUAUCUAACGAAUAUCAAAUUAAAAAUGAAAUUAAAAAUAAUAAAAUUAUAAAUAACAACGUCAGGGAGAUCAAACAACGACACAGAAACAGAAACAGAAACAAUCAAAAUGUCGCCGCAACGUCGCCGGCAGCAGCCAAGCAUCUAAAAAUACAUGGGGACAGUCGGGGAAAGCGUCAGAUGAUGCGUCAGUCACCUCCAUUGUCAGUUGAUGUGCAUCUGUUGCAGUUGCAGUUGCAGUUGCAGUUGCAACGCUUGCCACAUUUGUUGCUGCUCCUGCUGCUGUUUGCUGGAUUAAAUGGAUUAACACAAGUUGCUGCGCUCAAGGGUGAAAAUCCGCACAUCAUUGAGCAUCCGAUGGAUACGACGGUGCCAAAGAAUGAUCCAUAUACGUUUAAUUGCAAGGCCGACGGCAAUCCAACACCAACGAUUCAAUGGUUCAAGGAUGGACGGGAACUGAAAACGGAUGCCGGCUCACAUCGCAUAAUGCUGCCCGCGGGUGGUUUAUUCUUUUUAAAGGUCAUCCAUUCGAGACGGGAGAGCGAUGCGGGCACUUAUUGGUGCCAGGCCAAGAAUGAGUUUGGUGUGGCGCGUUCCAGGAAUGCAACGUUGCAAGUCGCAUUUUUGCGCGAUGAAUUUCGACUGGAACCGCAAAACACUCGAGUUGCCCAGGGCGAGGUGGCAUUGAUGGAAUGUGGUGCACCACGUGGUUCACCAGAGCCACAAAUCUCGUGGCGCAAGAAUGGACAAACAUUGAAUCUCAAUGGUGGUAAUGGAGGAAACAAGCGCAUUCGCAUCGUUGAUGGUGGAAAUCUGGCUAUACAGGAUGCCCGUCAAUCGGAUGAUGGACGUUACCAGUGUGUGGUCAAGAAUGUGGUUGGAACACGCGAAUCUGCAACAGCUUUUCUCAAAGUGCAUGUGCGUCCUUUUCUCAUACGUGGACCGCAGAAUCAAACGGCUGUCGUGGGCAGCUCCGUUGUCUUUCAGUGUCGCAUUGGCGGUGAUCCUUUGCCGGAUGUCCUCUGGCGGCGCACUGCCUCCGGCGGAAAUAUGCCUCUACGUCGUGUGCACAUACUUGAGGACCGCAGUCUGAAGCUGGACGACGUCACGCUCGAGGACAUGGGCGAAUACAGUUGUGAGGCGGACAAUGCGGUCGGCUCAAUUACGGCCACGGGCAUUCUCACCGUUCACGCACCCCCGAAAUUCAUUACCCGCCCCAAGAAUCAGCUGGUGGAGAUUGGCGAUGAGGUGCUCUUCGAGUGCCAAGCCAGCGGUUAUCCUCGUCCCACUCUCUAUUGGUCUGUCGAGGGCAAUAGCUCGCUGCUGCUGCCGGGUUAUCGUGACGGUCGUCUGGAGGUCACGCUUACUCCCGAGGGUCGAUCGGUGCUUUCGAUUGCGCGCUUCGCUCGCGAGGAUUCCGGCAAGGUUGUCGUCUGCAAUGCCCUCAAUGCGGUCGGCAGUGUCAGCAGUCGCACCGUGGUCACUGUGGACACACAGUUCGAGCUACCACCGCCGAUAAUUGAGCAGGGUCCGGUAAAUCAGACACUGCCCGUCAAAUCGAUUGUGGUGCUGCCUUGUCGCACUCUGGGCACUCCGGCACCACAGAUCUCCUGGUACCUGGAUGGCAUACCCAUCGAUGUGCAGGAGCACGAACGACGCAAUCUCUCCGAUGCCGGCACUCUGACGAUUUCCGAUCUGCAGCGUCACGAGGACGAAGGACUCUACACUUGUGUGGCCAGCAAUCGCAAUGGCAAAUCCUCCUGGAGUGGUUACCUGCGCUUGGAUACACCUACCAAUCCCAACAUUAAGUUCUACCGCGCUGCCGAGCUCUCCACCUAUCCGGGACCUCCGGGCAAACCACAAUUGGUGGAGAAGGGCGAGGAUUCGGUCACUCUUAGCUGGACACGCAGCAACAAAGUGGGAGCGUCCAGUUUGGUGGGCUAUGUGGUGGAAAUGUUUGGCAAGAACGAGACCGAUGGCUGGGUGGCUGUCGGCACUCGCAUACAGAAUACGACGUACACCCAACUGAGCCUUGUGCCGGGUGUUAACUAUUUCUUCCUGAUACGCGCCGAGAACUCACACGGAUUGUCCUUGCCCAGUCCGAUGUCCGAGCCGAUUGCUGUGGGCACGCGGUAUUUCAAUAGCGGAUUGGAUCUGAGCGAGGCACGCGCCAGUUUGUUGUCGGGCGAUGUUGUGGAGCUCACGAAUGCCAGCGUUGUGGACUCGACCAGCAUGAAGUUGACCUGGCAGAUCAUCAAUGGCAAAUACGUCGAGGGCUUCUACAUCUAUGCCAGACAGCUGCCCGAUCCCAUGGCAAACAAUCCACAGUCUGUAACUGCCAAUGCCAAUCCUCUAUUGGCCUCAGUCGGUACCGGUACCGCCGUCGCCGCCUCCGCUUCCGCCGCCGCAUCGGCAUUGAUUUCGACAAAACCAAAUAUUGCCGCUGCUGGAAAACGUGAUGCAAUGGAAUCCUCCCAACAACAACAACAACAAUCUCUGGCGUCCUUGUUUAGCAACAAAUAUCGCAUGCUGACGAUACUGAAUGGCGGUGGCGCCUCGUCCUGUACGCUGACAGGAUUGCUGCAGUAUACGCUCUAUGAAUUUUUCAUUGUGCCCUUUUACAAAUCCGUCGAGGGCAAACCUUCAAAUUCGCGCCUCGCACGCACCCUCGAAGAUGUGCCCAAUGAUGCGCCAUUUGGCAUGGAGGCAGUUCUGUUGAAUGCCUCCGCGGUGUUCUUGAAGUGGAAGGCACCCGAACUGAAGGAACAGCAUGGUCUGUUGCUUUAUUAUCACGUCAUUGUGCGUGGCAUCGACACGGCUCACAAUUUCUCGAGAAUCCUCACAAAUGUUACAAUUGAUGCGGCAUCGCCUACUUUGGUGUUGGCCAAUUUAACUGAGGGCGUUAUGUAUACGGUGGGCGUGGCAGCGGGCAAUAAUGCAGGCAUUGGACCCUACUGUGUGCCUGCCACACUGCGUCUCGAUCCGGUAACGAAGCGUCUUGAUCCUUUCAUCAAUCAGCGCUAUCCCAUCAAUCAGGAGCAUGUUAACGAUGUGCUGACACAGCCCUGGUUCAUAAUACUCCUGGGCGCCAUACUGGCCAUCAUGAUGUUAUCCUUUGGCGCCAUGGUCUUUGUGAAGCGCAAGCACACGAUGAUGAAGCAGUCCGCACUGAAUACCAUGAGAGGCAAUCACACCAACGAUGUGCUGAAAAUGCCGAGUCUAUCGACGCGCAAUGGCAACGGCUACUGGCUGGAUGCCUCAACCGGUGGCAUGGUGUGGCGCACCUCGCCCAGCGGCGACACCCUCGACAUGCAGAAGGAUCACAUUGCCGACUAUGCCCCCGUCUGUGGUGCAACUGCAGGCGCUGGCAUCGCCUCGGGCAGCGCCAACGGUGGCAACAUCGAUGAUAUUCAUGGACACACCAGCGAACGCAACCAUCAGCGCUACGUGGGCGAAUACUCCAACAUACCGACAGACUAUGCGGAGGUGUCCAGCUUUGGCAAGGCGCCUAGCGAAUAUGGACGUCAUGGCAACGCCUCACCAGCGCCAUAUGCCACCUCAGCAAUACUCAAUCCCGGUCAGCAGCAGCAACAACAGCAGCAGCAGCAACAGCAGCAACAACAACAGCAGCAGCAACAGCAGCCGCGUUAUCAGCAGCGUCCAGGUCCAGCGGCAUUGCCCGGUUCCUAUGGCAUGCAACGACCCAUGCAUCCGCAUUACCAACACCAGCAGCAACACCAGCAGCAACAUCCGCAGCAGCAGCAACAGCAGCCGCAUUCUAGCGCCAACAUCUAUCAGCAAAUGUCAACGACUGGCGAGAUCUAUCCGAGCAAUACUUCAGGUGCAAGGUCCGUCUAUUCGGAUCAGUAUUAUUAUCCCAAGGACAAGCACAUGCACAUGCACAUCACAGAAAAUAAGCUAAGCAAUUGUCACACCUAUGAGGCAGCACCUGGACACCAACAACAACAACAACAGCAGCAGCAGCAGCAACAACAACAACAGCAAGCAUCUUCAGCUGGCGGCAACUCGUCGCAAUUUGCAAGUGUGCGACGGCAACAGUUGCCACAUGGUUGCAGCAUUGGCAGGGACAGUGCCCGCUUUAAGGUCGCCACACAGACAACACACUUGGAUCAAUCGCUUGCCAAGGGUCAGCAUCAGAAUUUGCUUGACUUGGAUGGUUCCUCCUUCUGUUAUAAUGGGCUGGCUGACUCGGGCUGCGGUGGCUCCCCCUCGCCAAUGGCCAUGCUGAUGUGCCAUGAGGAUGAGCAGGCGUUGUAUCACACAGCCGAUGGUGAUCUGGACGACAUGGAGCGUCUCUACGUGAAGGUGGACGAUCAGCAACAGCCUUCGCAGCAGCAGCAACAAUUGCUGCCAUUGGUGCCGUUGGUGCCACACUCGCAGCAGCAUCAACAGCCCUUGGAGCAGCAGUCGUGGCGUGCUCAAUCCACACGUGGCAGCCGCAAGCUGCACGCCGAGGAGCCGCUCACCAAGGAGGCAAGUGAACUGAUCUAUGCGCCGGGCAGUGUGGCAAGUGAGCGCAGUUUGUUGAGCAACUCUGGCAGCGGCAGCAGCAGCCAGCAACCCUGCCACAAUGUCUGACCUCUGGCAACAACAAACAAGCAGCCGGGUCCGUUGUCCGGGUCCGACCAAACGCAGGAUCAGCUCUAUGCGAGGGAAGUUCGAGAGUUGCUCGCGUGGUGUGAACGCUUCAACAACGGCGGCGUUGAGAACUUUGAGUAAACAAUGAGUAUACUGCACACAGUGACUGUAGACAGUGCUUAAAACUGAGUUCAUACGAUUUACAAUAGAUUAAUCCAACUACAAUAGAAUAUACAAAUGAAAAUAUCAAGAUAUACACGUUCUACGCAAAGUCUUAAGCACAAGUAUAGUUGUAAGCUGAGCUGUAAAGUGCUUUUUUAGAUUUUUGAUAAACUAUAUACAGUUGUGCUUUCUGAACUUACAUCUUGUUCAAAUUUCAAACUUAUGAACUUAGUUUUUUUGUGAUUCUUGAGCAUUAAUUUGACUUUUGGUUGUUAUAACUUGAUUUGUCACUUAACUGUGACUAAGACUGAGACUAACUGUGUGUGUCUAUGAGUUAAAGGAUUAAUUGAAAAUAUGAAAUAAAAGUUGUAUUAAAGAGAAUUUAUUCGUAUAGGUUUCGUUCUUCAACUACUCAAAUAAAAAGCUGAAUUAAUUAAAUCAAAAUGUGUGCCAAUCUAUGCGGCGAUUGAUUCUAUGCUAGUGAUAGACUUACUCUCUUUCUCUCUCUCUCUCUCCCUCUUUAUACAUCCUUUUAUUUUCUUUCUCUACAAUUGCUUUCCUAGGCUUAGUUUUAGCUAUAGAUGAUUGUAAAUGUUAAAGAAAAACGUAUGAUAAGUUCCUCCAAGUAUGCAGGCAGCCAAAAGCCAGCGCUUAUAUAGAUGGAUAGUUAGAUUGUUACUUAACAGCUAAAUGAUAAUUAUGAUAAUUAAUAAUAUGCCUAAAUAUUAAAAAUGUAAAGUUAGAGAACAUUAAUAUAUAUCGUGCACUUGAAUAAAUGUUUAGUUACUAAGUGUAAAUAUUUAAAAAAGGCUAGACAUACUCGAAACAUCAAUUGAAUAUUCAUUGAAAAUGCGAAUAAAUAUGUUUGGAGAGACAAACAAGUGAAUUAAAUUGUGCAUAUAGUAAUUUAGAAAGUCUUAGUCUACUUAUAGCUUACCAUUAUAUAGUUGUUGUUUAAAUACAUACAUACACAUACAUAAAUAUAAUUAAAAUAUAUAUAUAAAUAUAGAUCAUAAAUACCACCAUUAGGCAUAUGGCAAAAACUCCUUCAAUUUACAGUCCAAAAUCAAUUUUUAACCCAUUUCUCAUAAAUAUUAGCAUAUAUAUAAAUAAUUAUAACUGUUACUGUAACAGUAAACUGCCGCACUAAUGAACUGCACUUUGCAUUUGGCAGACAAUUAGAUAUGCAUUUAAAUGUGACUGCUCCCUAUACCAAUAUACCAUCUACAAUAUACCAUACACCAUAUUAAAUAUUAUAAUACGAAUAUUAAGUGCAUACAUUAUGAAUACUUGCAUACAGAUUCAAUACAUAGAUACAUAUAUAUUCGUUCUCGUAUGUUGUUUAACCAUUAGAAAUUACUCAAAUUAAAUGUAUGUCUAUGUGUAAUUAUUGAUAUUGAAUACGCGUAUUUACAAUGUAGUAAUUAAAAUGCAAAUAAAAAUGCCAUAAUUAUGAAAUU